CACAGCAAUAAUUUCAAUCGGAUGUGGUUUGUACUGUCGGAGUCAUUUCAAGGGUUAUCCUAAAGAUUUUCAACGCCACAGGAACUGUCGGAGUAUAAAGGUCGGAAGACCUUGAGGAUCAAUCGCGAUAAGAUGGAUGAGGAAACCUACGAACCCAAAAAAACACCAAGUCCGAUUGAUCCAUAAGACCGCAAAACGUGGGAUGAGUCAGGUAGGCAAGGGACUAGCAGGCUGAAAGUGAAACGUUAAGUCCCGUUAGGUGGUAUAAGACGCCGUUACCUCCACCGCGCCGCGCUCAGUCAAGACCUAGUUGUGUCCCCUGAGUGUCGAGCGAGGAGCGUGCGGUGAUCAUCUCUUACUUGCUCACACGACACCCUCGAGCCCUUGGGAUCUACCACGACACAGGAUACCCUUCAGAACUACCGCAUCAAAGGAUGAGCGGUGUAGUGACGCUGCCAGUGACGCUGGCGGGGGCGGCGGUGAAUGCGGCAUCUUCGGUCGCCUGGUUCGCGCCUCUGCUGGUCGCCGCCUUGGCUUACUUCCACUACGAGAUGUUGGACCCCGAAUCGCGACCUAUCGAUGUCGAGACCAGGUCCAUGCAUGCGGAUUACGACUUCAUCAUAGUGGGAGGAGGUUCGGCAGGGGCGGUGUUGGCCAACCGACUGACCGAGAUGGAGAACUGGACCGUGCUGCUGUUGGAAGCUGGUGGAGAUGAAACCGAGAUCUCUGACGUUCCUCUGUUGGCAGCAUAUCUGCAGCUGAGCCAGCUGGACUGGAAGUACAAGACGGAGCCUCAGGGCACGGCCUGUUUGGGAAUGAACAACGGUCGCUGCAACUGGCCGAGAGGAAAAGUGCUCGGAGGAUCAUCGGUGCUCAACUACAUGCUGUACGUCAGAGGGAACAAGAAAGACUACGACAUUUGGGAGUCUUUAGGCAACAAGGGAUGGGGAUCGAAGGAGGUACUGUACUAUUUCAAGAAAUCGGAGGAUAAUCGCAAUCCUUAUUUGGGCCGCAACUAUUACCACUCAACAGGCGGAUACCUGACGGUCCAAGAAGCUCCUUGGCACACACCGCUGGCGGCGGCUUUUGUCCAAGCGGGAGUGGAGAUGGGGUACGAGAACAGGGACAUCAACGGGGAGUUCCAAACCGGUUUUAUGAUUCCUCAAGGAACGAUAAGAAGAGGAGCUCGGUGCAGCACGGGGAAGGCCUUUCUUCGUUCGGCCAGGCUGCGAUCGAACCUUCACAUCGCGAUGAACGCGCAGGUCACUCGUGUCCUCAUAGACCCGACAACCAAAGUGGCGUACGGCGUGGAGUUUGUUAGAGAUAACGAAAAAAUGGCCAUUCGUGCUAGAAAAGAGGUCAUCCUAUCAGCAGGUGCUGUGAAUUCACCUCAGAUUCUUAUGCUGUCAGGGAUAGGUCCUAGAGAACAUCUAACUGAACUGAAGAUACCCGUGAUUCAAGACCUCAGAGUAGGGGAAAACCUACAAGACCAUAUCGGAUUAGGAGGGUUCACCUUCAUGAUAAACCAAGAGGUGUCUCUAAUACAGAGUAGAUAUGAAAAUGUGCCUGCGGUCCUGCGGUACGCUACUUUAGGUGAAGGUCCUCUAACCGUUUUGGGUGGAGUGGAAGGUCUCGCAUUCGUCAAUACUAAAUAUGCCAACAGUUCAGAGGACUUUCCUGACAUCGAAUUCCAUUUCUGUUCUGGGUCUACCGGCUCCGACGGAGGAAACCAGAUUCGGAAAGCUCACGGAAUAACAGACACACUUUACAACGUAGUUUACGAUCCAAUAAAUAACAAGGACGCGUGGUCAGCAAUCCCGGUACUUUUGAGACCUCGAAGUAAAGGACUAAUUAAACUCAGAAGCAAGAACCCUUUUGAUUAUCCUUUAAUCUACCCGAACUACUUCUUCGACGAUUUUGACAUGAAAACACUGAUAGAAGGAGUGAAGAUCAUUCUUGCAAUGAGCAGAACGAAGUCGUUCCAGAAGUUCGGCAGCAGGCUACACAAUAUACCGUUUCCCGGAUGUACAAAAGUACCUCUGUAUACGGAUGCCUACUGGGAAUGCAUGAUAAGACACUACUCAGUGACUAUCUACCAUCCGGUGGGGACUUGCAAAAUGGGCCCCUACUGGGACCAGGCUGCUGUGGUCGACCCUGAACUCAAGGUCUACGGUGUAAGAGGACUACGUGUCAUCGAUGCUUCCAUAAUGCCAAAUCUCGUCAGCGGCAACACUAAUGCUCCUGUAAUCAUGAUAGCUGAAAAAGGGGCAGACAUGAUAAAAGAGUAUUGGAACAAUGAGAUCCCUCUGAGGUAGUACUUAAUACGAUACGAACUUCUGAGAGCUCCUGGAAGGACUAGUAAUGGGAUUGAAGCUGAAGUCUUAUCGUCUGGGACCGUCUAGCGACGAUGUUGAAGGAAGUCUACUCCGCCCAGUCAUCUGUAGCAAGCACAGGCAUCAGCUAGCGCCUUUACGUAAGUCAAGACGAUUACACCUUACCAGAAGUAUUUCCCUUCGACGUGGAACCUACCUGACCUAUUCACUCAUCAAUAUAAAAUUCACUAUUUCAUAUUAUAUUGUUGAAAAACAAACCAUUUUCAAUGUCUAAAAGUGGAAGUCAGAAAGUAUAACUUUUGGAAACUAAUACAUAAAAACCAGAUUUAUUAAAAUAAAAGGAUUUAGUGUUCAAUGUAACAUGAAAACUGCAAUGAACCAACUGGAUUGCGAACAUUUUUCGUUCUGGUGUGGAAAAACAACAAAAGAAACAAAUAUCUAACCAUAGUUUCUGUACCACGUCUUGAUGAUGGUGAAUGUUUACAAGGCUGUUAUAUCUUUCGAACUGUCCAUAAAUAAACAAAACUUUAAAUCUAUAACAGACUGAUUAAAGUCAAGCGGAGUAAGAAUACCAUGGCCAAGUAUCUUGAUAUAUUAAUUCUAUAGUUGUAAUUUCCAAUAUACCGUUACGGUGCAGAAAAUAAUAAAUCAGCAAGAGAUAUCUGUAUGGGACCCAUUAACAUUACAACCGAUUACGUUCUAAAUUGUUAGUCGGGAGACAAAUAUUGCAAUACGUGUAGAUUUAAGUGAAUAUGUGUAUAUAUGUUAAUAUGUACUUAGACUAAUUACUAGUACGUCUAAUUAAUUUUACUGUACAAAAAAAUAUUGAGGAAAUAAUAUAUUAUUAAAAUGUAUUUAGACAGGCUGUUUAAAUUUAUUUCUAUAUUUUAUGUUUUACAUAGAAUAUACUGUAGUUAUUAGGACACUUUUAUACUUUUAUAUGUUCGUGUUAUUCCAGUGUGUAAAGCUUUCAGCUUCAACUUCAAUAAAGGAUGAAUGCGUUAGUUAUAAGUAACUAUCACUGAGUUUACUUAUACUUUACUAUUGAAACUAAAUAAAUAACUUUGAAACCAAUUCCGAACGUCAGUGAUUUGAAUUAAACGAUAACAGUGAAGAGCAAGUAUUGGAGAUAAGAUUUAAAAUGUUUUAAAAUAGCAAUUUUUCUACAAGAGAAUGAUUUUAUAUACACAUAAAGGGAAAAAUUAUAGUUUUUGUAAAAUAUACAAAUAUGCUUGUUUAAUUAAUUGAUACGAGCCUAAGCAUUUUUUGAUAAAACAUCUUUAUUUAAAGAGUACAGAGAUACACAUCAUAUUGAUGCAAAGCUGAUAGACAUUAAAACUAGAUAUAUUAUUACAUUAAUUUAUUGACCUAAAGAGGAAACAUGAGCGUUCUGUUUUAAUUUAGGUUGAGGGUGAUUAUAGAUUUCCAUAUAAUUUUGAAUCAGUGUUAUUAUUAAAGUAGUUUCGGUUUUAUACUUUACAAUAGCUAUACCUUUAUUGAAUAUGACAAUACGGUAUGAUACUGGAAUAUAAUCAAGCAGGCACUGUCUUAUUUACAACUUAACACAAAAAUAUUAUUUUAAAAAUGAAAUCAAUAUUGAGAACAAAUAAUUUAUGUGACAAAGGUGUUAGCUUUUACUUAUACAAGACGCAGUUUUUAUUUAACAAACGUUUUCCUCUUUGGUGUUUUAUGUCAAACUAGGUAUGUUGAAAGUUAAGUAUAGAUACUGAUACUCGAAAAUCCACAUCUUUCUUCCAUGUAAAAAGGUACAAAACAGUUACGAUCAAUUAAGUAUUUAGACAUUUUUUAAAAUAAUUAUUAUCUUAAAUCUAUUAUAAUACAAUUGGUUUUAUGGUUGGUUCUUAAAUAGCAUAUUUUAAAAACAGGUAUGAAAUAUCAAAUUACAAAAAUAAGACGUUCAAUUGUUUAUGUAAAAUGUAAGUGUAGUUGAUUGAUAUAACUUUUGAAUUUUACAA